UCCGCUACGAGCCUUCAUUGCUUUAAAAAUGGAGGAGCAAUAAUUGUGUGUGUUCGUCCACGUGAGUGGAACAACUUAAAUAAACGCUGGUACGGUUUUGCACGUCUGGCGAUAACUACGUUAUUUUAUAUUCCGCAAAAUGAAGGUUAAAGUGUUGAGCAGGAAUCCUGACGAGUACUUACGAGAAACUAAACGAGACAUUCAUAAAAUUCCCAGAAAUUAUGAUCCCUCUCUGCACCCAUUUGAGGCAGCCAGAGAAUACACGAAAGCGUUAAAUGCCGUUAAAUUGGAACGCGUGUUCGCGAAACCGUUCAUCAGCAGCUUGGAGGGCCACAAGGAUGCGAUAUACUGCAUGUGCAAGCAUCCCUCCCAGCUGUCCACGCUCGUGAGUGGUGCUUACGACGGCGAGGUGAGAGUAUGGAGCCUCGCCCAUGGAACGUGCACGCGCACGAUCCUGGCUCACGAUGGUAUCGUUCGCGGCGUCGUGUAUGUGCCGGAUGGGGAACGCUUCAUCACCAUCGGGGAUGACAAGACGAUUAAGACAUGGACUGCCUCUGCCAGCGAAGAAGAACCUUUAAAUACCAUUAUUUGCAAAACAGUAUUAACUGGCAUAACGCACCAUCGCUAUGAUCCUCUAUUCGUUACCUGUGGAGAAGGCUGUCACAUGUGGGAUGAGACUCGUAAUGAGCCGGUUCGUACGUUCAAAUGGGGUGUGGAUAGCGUACAUGAUGUAAGGUUCAAUCCUGUGCAGAAGAAUCUGUUAGCAUCUUGUGCGAGCGAUCGCAGCAUAAUUUUGUACGACACCAGGGACACGGGACCCAUGAAGAGAAUAGUGAUGAAGUUGCGCAGCAACAAGCUCUGUUGGAACCCGAUGGAGGCAGUGACCUUCACGUGCGCCAAUGAAGAUUACAACUUGUACACCUACGAUGUACGGAAGCUGAAAACGCCAGUGAAUGUACAUAGGGAUCACGUGGAAGCCGUGAUAGACGUGGAUUACUCACCGACUGGCAAGGAAUUCGUCUCGGGCAGCUACGACAAGUCGAUUCGCAUCUUCGAGGUGGACAAGGGUCACUCGCGCGAAGUGUAUCACACGAAACGCAUGCACAGGCUCACCUGCGUAGGCUGGUCGCUCGACAACAAGUACGUAAUAAGCGGCAGCGACGAGAUGAACCUCCGCGUGUGGAAGGCGAAAGCGUCGGAGAAACUCGGCAUCCUGAGGGCUAGAGAAAAGCAGGCGCUGCAGGUGAACGAGACCCUGAAACAAAAGUUCGCGGCGCAUCCUCAGGUUCGACGGAUCGCGCGUCACAGACAAGUGCCGAAACAUAUAUAUAACGCGCGAGCCGAAUUACGGACGAUUCGUGAGAAGGAAAAGCGCAAGGAAGCUAAUAGGCGUUACCAUUCCAAGAAGGGAGCCGUACCAUACGUGUCUGAAAGGAAAAAGCACUUCGUAUGUGAGGACAAGUAAAAUGAUGGCUCGUUGUUCGAUUCAGUGAAUCGCUGAAUAAUAUUCGUUGGGUCCUUUUUUUAUAUAUAUAAAAGAUAUUACGUAUUCGCAAGAAGUACUUUGUACGAUAUUUAUUGUAAUAAAUAAUAUUUCUCUUGACAUUA